AUGGCCCUGUACGCAAACACCGAAGACGACCUCAUCAGCCUUGUGGAUAGCAGCGAUGGUGGGGUCUUCAACGCCGUCUCGCCGACAAGGUUUGGCUCUAUCGGUAGGACGGUGGCCGAAACCUGUCAUAAGCCAGUGCAGCGGGACAGCUUCUCCAGCUUGACAGGCCUGAUGAGAGCCAAGGAACCUUAUACUCCAGUCCCGCCGCCUACCCGAAAGCCACCCUUGUCUGUCAAGACGAACGGCAUGCGAAUUGCGAGUCUGGAUGCUGCUCACCGCGAUGUACUCUCACCUACGGCGAAACCGUUUCACCGCGCUGGCUCUGUUGCCGCGUAUCUGGAUGGAGAUGAGGACGCUUCCGUUUUCAGCGAGAGCACCAUAUCACCUCAAGCAUUGGGGAACAGGGAGCCGGGUAUUCUACAUCUGGAGUCUCUGCUCGACCAGAUUCAACUGUAUCCGAUCGAAGACACCCUUACCAAUGUACACCAUCCACAGACGCCCUCACCAUCGAACGAGGAGUCGCCUCUUCGUUCCGUCUUCGAGCGUCCUACCUAUCUAGGUCCUGUCGAGCCACCAACACCUGCUGCCUCUACCCAGCCUCCGUUGUCGUCAUUCGAGCCUUCUCAAAACUCCAAGGUCUACGUGAGUAAGCACGUAUGGGAAACUAUGGGCAGAGACCUGAAUAGCUUGGGGGAACAAAACUGCGAGCUGCGGAAUAAGGUUUCCAUUCUUGAACAACACAACCAUGCGGUAUUCGACCAGAAAGAUGGAGCAGAGACACAACUCGGCCUACUUCGCUACCAGAACGAAAGCAACAAGACACAGAAGGCAGAUAUGGGUCGCUCGCUAGCGCAGCAGGCCGUCGAGAUCAAGAAGUACCAACUCGAGGUGGCAGAUCUCACAAAACAACUAUCAGAGGCAAAGGCCAUCCAGAAGAACCACGAUGGCGCCUUAGCCAGUCUCGGUACCAUCAAGGAUCGUGAGCUCGGCAUGCAGAGACUGUCCACGCGCCAAAUUGAAGACAAGCUUCAGAAGAUGGUCUUGGAGCGCGACGACGCCAUCAGAGCGCAGGUCAAAGCCCGUGACCAUAUGGCUCGGGCUCAGAACCUCACUGAGAUUCUUGUGAAAAGGGAAAAGACGAUCAACGAUUUGAAGCACAAGCACCUUGAGGAACACAAGAGAGCUACCGACCUCGAAGAUCAGCUGGAUAGGCUCAAGUUCAAGAUGGAUCAGGAGAACAUCGAUGACCUAAAGCAGAAGCUCCGCGAGAAGAGCAGUCUCUGCGAUAGACAGCGCAAUGAUCUUAGAAUUGCCCAGCGUGACUUGGCGUUGAACCUGGCCCGUGUCAAGGCUCUCUCAAAGAAUGGCGAAAGUCUUCGAGGUGGCGCGCACCUAGUCAAACCUGCCCUUCUAACUAAGCUCCCCAGUACUGUCAUCAGCUGCGCUGAGUGUUAUGCGAAGAAUAUCUCAUGCGACGGGAAAUCUCGAUGCCGCAACUGUACCGAGAACGACACCCUAUGUACUCGAUGGAGGUGCUCUAUGAAGCAUAAGCUUGGGAUUUGCGAAGACAUGCAAUGCAAGCUUCCCCAUGACAGUCAGGGAUGGCUGAUCACUCAUGAAGUCAGACCGGAGUGGUGA